AUGAUAUACGUUAGGUUUCAAGCCAUCGGCAGACAUUUCCUGGGAAUUCGUAAUAAUGGAACGUAUAAUAUAUUUCCACAAUUAAGGACAACUUCAUUUUUAUCGGCGCGUCGAUCAGACUAUACUAACGCCAGUUCUGACGUGAAACCUUUGCAACACCAUUCGACUCAACUGGACUUCCCUUUUAUUUCUACCUUUAAUAAAAAUAAGGAGGCUAAUAAGAAUUUACGCUUGAUCUUUGACGAUCCAGAUGUUUGGACCAAUUUUAUCUCCCGUUCUCACAAAAUAGCUCCAUUGGAACGUGAUACCUUGUCAUCAAAAGAGAAACUCACCGGAUUAUUUAGAAAUCCCGAAUUAGCAACACCUCAGGGUUUUCGGACUGCGGCUGAAAAGGUCUUAAGAAGGGCGAAGCUAUUAGUACAUAGAAUCACCAAUGCCAAGACCGAUGAUGAAUUAAGAAAAGUGGUAAAAAAUUUGGACAGGUUGUCAGAUAUGCUAUGUUCUGUAAUUGAUACUGCCGAAUUUGUAAGGGCCACACAUCCCGAUCCAAAAUUUUCCCAAUCAGCUAAUUGGGCAUACGAGCAUCUUUAUUCAUACAUGAAUUUUUUGAACACAAAUAGAGAUCUAUGGAAG